CUGGCGAUGGAUUCUGACUGUGGCUUGGAGGAGGAGGAGGAGGAUGAGAGGGAGGAGGAAAAGGAGGAUGAGAGGGAGGAGGAGGACUGGAGAGGCAGUGUGGGGCUUCUGCUGGACCAGAGUGACUCGUCAGAUGAGGAAAUGAGGAGGAGGUGUGGAGACGGACAGGAGGAGUCUAUUUUGUCGUCUCCUCCUCCUCCUCCUCCCUCCUGUCCACCCGAUGGCCCUCAGUGCUCUGGCCGGUCAGUGGAGGAGGGACCCUCUACUCCUGCAGCCAGAACUCCUGACCAUGAGCCCACUAGCCGCCUGGAUGAGUCGUCCCUCUUCACACAGCCCUCCUCUGCUCUGCUGGCCCUUGCCCAGAGACAGCCCGUUCAACCCCAUAGCUACCUGGGCCUGGACGGGUUCCUCACCCUGGGUGUAGAGGGCACCUCGGCAAGGCAGGGCUCCACUCUGUCAGAGGCCACCUCAGCAAGGCAGGGCUCUGCUCCAGUCUCCACAUCCACACAUGAACUCUACAGUGGAGCACAGCAUCUCAGCUGGAGGCCGGGCAGCAGCCUGAGAGAGAGUGCCCCAGAGGAGCUGGUCAUGGCUGUGUUGGAUACCCAGAGUCCCAGAGGUGCUACUCGUAGCAGCAGCAGCAGCAGCAGGCCUGCCUCAUCCAGCGCUGCUCACAGCAGGCCUACCACCCCAGCCUCAGCCACACACAGGCUCCUCGCCGCUGGCAGGUGUACUCCUCGUUCGCCCCGUGGUCCUACAAGUGUGUCCAGUUGCCCCGUCUCCCGUCCCACGUCCCACUCCUCAUCCCGUCCCGCAUCCCACUCAGCAUCCCGUCCCAUGUCGCGCGCGGCUCAGGAGAUCGAGGAGGUGCAGAGCGUGGAGCGGGAGGUGCUGCUGGGAGGCGGCGACCUCCAGGAGGAGGAGGAGGAGGAGCAGGAGGACAGACAGGCUCUGGCCAGCCUGGAGGAGGAGUUCAGACGCUUGAGCACAGCACAGCCUGGCACAAGCGGUGACCUUGGCUCCUCAGGGGUGCCCACGUCGGUGGCACGUGGCACUGCGGUGGGUCACCGUUCCUCAGCUGGGAGGAGCUGGAGUGGUGGCGGCAGCAGCAGCAACAGCAGCGGCAGCAGCAGCAGCAGCCGUGUGGCAAGGCAGCAGAGGAGCGGGGGUCACCCAGACGAGGCGGAGGAAGAGGAAGAAGAGGAGGAGAGGCUGAGGGACAAGCAGAGUGUUCUAGCGCUCCACUGACCUACGCUGCCUACAGGCUUUACUGUAAUGCACACACACACUCACACACACACACACACACACACACACACACACACACACACACACACACACACACACACACACACACACACACACACACACACACACACACACACACAUUUGCUCACACACGCGCGCGCGCGCACACGUUUAGAUAUACGUUUACAUAUACACAAAAACACACCCACAAUCUCAUACAUACUCGCACACUCAUGAACACAGUCACAUACAUACACAUAAACACACUCUGACUCUCACACACUUUUGAGCCCACACACACACACACACACACACACACACACACACACACACACACACACACACACACACACACACACACACA